GAUCGAUAUUUCUUUUUCUAUACAUUUCGAUAUUUAUCGAUAUUUCAGCCCUACUGAUACCGGUUUUUUUAAAUUCAAUAAUUUCAGGUCCGUGUAAAUAAAAAUAGAUUACAUAUUUUGGUUUUCCUAUUUCUAAACGGCAAAUCAACAAUGAUAAUUUGUGAAUAUUCUCUAUGCUAUUAUACAUGUAUUUAUAGUUUAUACCCUGGCGACCGUAAAAAUAUAGUUUAUUCGUUAAAUCAUUAUCAUUUCUCUGUAUUCCGUCCAUGUCUACCGUGAUUUUCUUGUGUCUUUAAUGUAAAAAUAUGUCGGAAAAUAAUUUAUACAAAAACGUUAAAACUAAUUUUGACGUAAUUGAUUUGAUGACAUCAAGAUGCAAAAUUUGUUUUAAAAAUGUUAAAACAAGUGGAAACACAACAAAUUUAAAAAAACAUUUGGAAAGAAACCAUUUGGGAUUAAAUAUUUUUAGUUCAAUUCCAACGACAUCCACGUUAGUUCCUAUUGACCGUGUUUUUAUACCAGAUUCUAUAAAAAAUAUGGAAACUCAUAAAGAACUCGAAGAACAAUUAGAGGAUGAUCCUUCAAUAUUUUCUGGUUCUAAGACUACUUUGGAAUUUGGAUGUGCAGUAUCAUCAACACCAACAACAUCAGUAACACCAAAUAAGAAAAUACAAAUCCAGAUGCCAAUAAACGAAACAUUUCGUUCAAUUGAAUCUUUUUCAGAAGGCGGUACUAAGUAUUCAAAACUUUCUAAUGCACUAGUUUUCAUGAUUGCCAAAGAUGGUCUACCUCUUAAUAUAUCAGAAAAAGAAGGUUUUCAAGCUUACUCAAAAGUUGCUACUCCAUUAUUCAAGUUACCUAGCAGAAGAAGUAUAACCAGGAUGAUAGAUGAUAAACGCCUGGACUGA